AUGUCGAGUUCACCAGAAGCAAUUCUGGAAUAUCGUCAGCAGCCAUUGCUGGAACUCGUUCACUCGGAAGAGAACUACGUGCAACAACUUCAGCUAGUUCGUGAUACCUAUAUGACGGUGGUGAAUACACAGAAUUUAUUGGCCCCAACACCUUCUCUUGCACGUAGUGAGAGCUGUCGGUCUGAGUACUCCAUUGUUUCUAGUCCAUCUUCUCCCUCACCUCCACCGUCUCUGCCAUCGCCACAAUCACCACCUCCGCCGACACCGCCGAUGGAAUUAGCCAACCGCUGGCGGGUGGUAUGGGGCAACUGGAUCCAGCUGACCGAGUGGCAUAGCCAGUUUGUGGAGAAGCUGAGGAGUGCAGUCUGCGAGCAGCCUGACAAUGUGCCACGACUAUUUCUCAACUCGCAGUCACGAUUGCGCUCCAUGUACAUGAAGUACUGCGAGAAUUACUCCAAAGCCGUUGAUCUUGUAGCUCAAUUCAAGGGCUACUUUGAGGAUUUACGACGCUUCUACUUUGACAAGAAUGACAUCCUCUCACGCCUCAUGCAACCCAUCCAGCGAGUCACGCGUUACCAACUUCCAAUGACAGAAGCGCUCAAAUUGACGGAACAGGCGGGUGCUCCGGAGUGUGGAGUGUGGAAGGCGGCUGUGGCGGUGUUGAAAAACGUACCCAACGAUGUUCAAUUAAUGUUGGAGGCCGCACAAAUAGUUGGAUACCCCGGCUCGGUGACAAAUCAGGGGAAUUUGCGUCUCUUCGGUGCCGUGUACGUGGCUCGCACCACAAGGGCCGAUCUCCAGACCGCACGGACAGCGGCGAGACAGGUGUUGGUCAAGUCCAGCACUCACUACUCCUACUCGCAGGACAGCUCCUCCCUCGUGGUCAAACGCAGGGCGGUGACAUCUUCCUCCUUCAUUCGACUCAACAAUGACCACAAAAACAUAGAAUGCAGCCAAUGUCGCCUUCUGACCAAAUGCUGUACCGCGGCACAGAAGUCCAUAAACCUCCAAUUUAUGGAAUGUCGCGUAUUCCUCUUCGACCAAUGCCUCAUCAUCACUGAGGACAGCACAUCUUCAACCGCUGCUAACAACGCACCAGAGACCACUGCCGUGGGCAAUAGUUUUCAAGCAAAUUUUGGCCGUGUGGUUUUUGGUUCGGGCUCGUUGGUUCAUCGGACCGGCAAUAUGCGGUUUGAUUUGAAACCUCAACGACCACAGAGACUGCAGACCGAUGACGGCAACCACACGAUUCUCUUUCCUGGUGGUCGGAGUCCAGCCAUUCGCAGAACCGUUCAUAUUCGCCGACAUGGUAGUCACCUAAGCAGCUUGGAGUCAGAUUUUGGCAGUACUUGGCCCAGAUUGGGGUGGUCAGCGCCAUCCGAUCCGUUUCGCCAGUCCUCCUACAAAUUUCUCCACGCUGUCAAGGUCAACCGAAUGGCAUUUGUGGUAAGCUCUUCACAAAAGAUUCACCUUUGCAUUAUAUACAUGGCUGGAAUGGAAGUCUUAAGAGGUGAAAAGUUGACUAGUGACAGUGGCGCGCGUCUUUUUGGUCCCUAUUGGCUCUCCUCAACUAUGGAGCAUCUUGACUCGCCAAAGGUGAAUUGCAGAUUGCCACAGAAAAACGGAGCUUUUAAGACAUCCAUCAGCAAUGACAUCUGCAACACCACCACCAGCGUCUCUUCGAAGCAUCCCCUUCUGUUCGAAAGCGGAGUGUUGGAGAGUACGUGCAAGGCAACCGCCUUGGCAGGAUGCUGUGCCCCUGAUCGCCUUUGGUUCGCGGUGGCUGAUGAGUCACCUUCCAGUGACGUCGUCUUUGUCGUCGAUCCCGGUGUGGAGACUGCCCGUGAUGCUUGGUUGCGCGAAUUGGCGGACAUUGUUACGAUGCAAGCCCAGUUGCAGUUGGCAUUACAGAAUCCGCGUCGUUUUCACUUUGUAUGUGGCAUGCGCCGUCAGGCCAAGACUCUCUCCUCCACUGACAUGACUUCUCUCUCGUCUAACUGGCGCAACGAUCAAAGGAAUGCCUUCCUCUCGGCUCAUUCCUCCACCACUCAACUAGUGGACGGCGACGAUGAUAAUGACACAAAUGUCGAUGGAAACACUGACAAAAUUCAGAGUUCAAUCCACAUCCGUGGCGUGUCUGCCCCCCAGACUGAGUGGUGGAAGCAGCUCUCGGAGAAUCGGUCCCUUGAGAGAUGGACGGAAGGUGAGGCUUCGCCCGACCGAUCCCAUCAGUUAGACUUUUUUGACGGUGUUCCGCAUGACAGCUCCGUGCCCAACAUCGUCCAAACACUUGAUGACGUCUUUCUGCCCAAUCCGUCGCCUAGUCAAAGGUCAACAGGAGAUUCCAACCAUCUUCAACUCCCUCCUGAAGGCCAACGUACGCAUUUUCGGCGUCGUAGUCUCUCCCAAGGUGAUGCUGAAGUCUCCACUGAACGAUCGCAGUUGUCACGACAACUGGCUAUUCACAUCAACACUCCCUCGCCUAGUUCGCUCUCCGAACAGUCCUCCAUAGGUGCAGCGACCGCAGAUGCCACAUCCACAAGCGGCUAUGCUCACAAGAAGGUUGUAGUUGCACCAAACAUUCCUCACUACAGUUCAUCACAUUGUCACAUUUACUUCUAUUUGCCCUUUUUGCAGAAACUGUUGGCAGCUAUUUCUUCUCGUCUGCGGAGUUCAAGCCAGGGAUUUUCUGAAAUGAUCUCAUCUUUACAACCAAAUCGAAGUGCCUCAACCAGUCACCCAAGCGCCAAUUCUACUCAAAAUCGUCGCCGACGCCUCUUUAGAUGGUCGAUUGUAGAUAAGACGACUGGGAAUGAAUUUGUCAAACCAUCACCACCCGUGCCACCGAGACCUCUGUCACCACAGUCAGCUAUGCCACCACCGCUGCCGCCGCCACGUCCGCCGCCGCCGUCACCAUCAUCGUCCCAGACGACGGAAGUCGUUAAUGAUAGACCAACAUCAACUUCAACUCCUAAUGCAAUGACGGGCCCUCAGCCACUGCGAUGCAAGCCAACGAUCACUAAUACUGCAAAUGAUGCAUUCAAAAGUCAUCGAAAACCAUCGUCAUCGACGUCGUCGUCAAGAGUGCUCUCACGGUUGCGUUCAUCAUUCCGUCUCGGCAGCCACAGAGACAAUGACAGCUCCACUGACACACUUAAACAUGAAAUUUCGACCACCCUUAAUACGACGUCUCAGAUAGUAACACUAACAACGAACCCUCUGUCCAACCCUCUCGCCUCCAGUGGUGCUUGA